AUGGAAAAUGCACAGGACUGGAUAAGACAGGAGGCCCAGGUGGAAGAGAGGAGAGCCCGGCAUGGGCUCCUCUCCUGCCUGGUGUCUCUGCUGGUCUCACUUCCUGGAGGGAAUCAGGCCAUGGCUUGGAUCCUGCUUCUGCUGCUGUCAGCUGCAUGCCUGCAAGCUGGUGAUGGCUUCAGAUCCCCCUCCUUUCCAUGUUACUCCGCAGGAUCUAAAUAUACCUUUGGGGUUGACCAACCAGCACGCCUCUCUGGUGUCCAGGGCGGCUCCAUCGAGAUCCCCUUCUCCUUCUACUUCCCCUGGGAGUUGGCAGAGAAUCCACAGAUGAGGAUUCUCUGGAGAUGGAAGCACUUCCAUGGGAAAUAUAUCUACAACUCCACCCCACCCUUCAUACAUAAGCAUUUCAAGAACCGGCUCAUCCUGAACUGGACACAGCCUCAGACAUCUGGAGUCCUCAGAAUCCUCAACUUGACAGAGAAGCACCAGAGCACAUACUUCUGCCGAGUUCAUAUGAACACACAAAUGGGCAUGACAGCGUUUCAGUCAAUUGUUGGAACCCAACUCACCACCACUCCUGGUGAGCACACCCCAGGUCAGGCUUUGGUGGCCCUGGCUUCUUGA